GUAAAUCAGUUGUGUUUUUAUUUAAAGUGACAAAACUAUUAUAUUAAAUUCGUAAUUUAUACGCCGCGUGUGUACUUUGGAUUGUUGGAACUUACGCAGUUCUAGGAAGAAAAAACACACUUGUGUAUUAACCGGUGAUCUUUUUUGAAAUUUAAACCCCGUGUGUAAACAAAAAGCGAGAACCAGCGACCUACGAUUGAAAACAAGUGAGGGCGCGUGUCCCGGCAUCGCUCCUCCAGAUUACCCGAUACAUCAGAAAAUGAGAGGAUGAACCAUGGAAUCACGCAGCGCGCCCCCGAGCCCCGACGACACCGGGGAGGCGGCGUUCCACUCCCGACGGGGCCGGUACCGUCAGCCCACGCUGCAGCGAACCUUCGCCAGCUGCCGCGAGAACACGCGCCCGCGCCCGCACCACCGGCACGCCACUUCCGAACCCGCUCGGACCGACGACCGUGUUCUUACUACCGCAGAAGUCCACGACUAUCCUUCAUCCGAAUCCGGUAUCGCUGCGGACUGCUCUCAUACGCAUAUGAGCAACAAUGAUGACAGCCCGUGUUACGACAGGUCCGACUUCGAAGGAAUGUCCUCUUACAGCCUACGAAGAACACCCGACUAUCACCAUGAUUGUAAACAUUUAUCCGUAGAUUAUAAUCGUAGUCAUACGCCAGAUUGUAACCAUGGUCACAGUUCAGAUUGUGAUCGAGGACACGGAAGGAGUCAAACAUCUCACAGGCCCCAUAGAAAACAUAGACGAGACGAAGAUGACGGUGCGCAAUCAUUGGACGAGCGCUGCGCUCGUGACUUAGAUGAAAUCUUGCCCGCGAGACUUGGAGCCAUUAAUUUAUCAAGGGAACCACCGCCACAAACGUGGAAUAGAAAUAAUAUAGCGGCUACUAUGGAGAGAUUCGAGCCAGUCGACUACUCGUAUGCUUAUUAUGACCAUCAGUUAUCAAUGCCAUCUUCUUCGAGAAAAACAAGCCGCCAACGAGGCCGAGGUAUAUCGAGAGAUCGCGCUGCGCGCCACAAUUACGUUACGAGAUACGGAACUGAAGAAAAUAUUUAUGAAGAAAUUACAGAUGGUUCUCGAAAUUGUCCGAAACAUCGGUAUGGUCCAAGACAAUCACUAGUUUCUUUAGACAGGAGUGUAGUCGAAGAGGAAGUUCGACGGGUCGAGUCGAGACAUAAAAGAAUUCUGGGUGAACUUAAUCUUAGCGUUGAAGCUAUGCUAAUGCCAGAGUGCGAAUCUCCAGAUUCAGAAAGAGCUGAGGAUAGAGAUAACAUUGAAGAAUUAAUGCGUGUGGGGCCAACGGAUGAAUUACUUUCACCCGCUAGUUGUAAUCCUCCUGACUUAGACAGCGGGUUUAGUGGCAGUAGCAGUGGUGCUAGCUACGUCGGGAGUUUGAGAAGAAAACCUACCGGAUCAGUUCCUCAUUUGCCUGCUGUGGCCUAUGGUACCCGCGGCUUAGGAGUGCGUAUUUUAGGUGCUGACGAUUGCACUCUAAGGUGUCCUAGAGAUGCGGCAUCGCCUCGCAGCUCUAGUUGUGGAGACGCAAAAUCAACGGGAUUCUGGAACAAAAGGACCUGGAAGAAACUGUCGGGAUUUUCAAGUUCAAACAGCAUUAACAAAGCGGGAUUAACAGGUCUGCUCGUUAGGUACACUUUCCGGCGUAAGUCCGGCUCGCAGGGCUCUCAAAGUAAGCGGCGCGCUGAGCCCGUCAAAUGCGAUGCGUGCCUUUCACAACGAUGCUAACCGCACUAUGCUACUCCAACGGAAAAUUGGUGGUGCCGUUGGAUUCCUUAACACAAAGCUGAGGGGUCAUGCGACCCCAUCUUCCCCGCCUCGAACAUCUCCGGAGGACACCUUAAUAAGGGGAAAAAUUAACACAUGAGUUUCAGUUGUCUAUAAAUCUUGAUCAUUUCAACAUUCCAAUGGACAAGUGCGUGUCGUAACAUUGCCAGUGCGUCUCAAAGACAAACUGUUUUAGCUUGGCUAAAAUAAUUAAAUAAAUAAUUGUAAAUAAUUAGUGAAUGCAUGAAGUGGCAAGUAUACGUUGAAGUGAUAGAAAAGCCUAACUAAUGUUUUGAAUUACGACAGCUGUUUCCUAGAAACUCAUUGGCUAUGUUAUUGUUAUCAAUUUUUAGUAGAUAUUAGGUACAUGAAAAGGCUGACACUAAAUCCGAUUUUUACUUGAAAAAAAAAAAACAAUCUUUAGUAUAUUAUAUUCUUUUUAUGUCAAUUUUGAUAUUUGGA